AUGCCUAUGGAUCGCCCAGUGGAACGACUUAUGAGUUUGGAGGACAAACAUUUGGACACAAUGUCUAAGUUAAAUUAUGCAGUGAAUUUGUAUCUGAAGGAUAUUCUGAAUUACAGGUCGUAUCUGGCGUUCCGCCACCCGACCAGCCAGGGGCUGCGCAGCUCGCUGUUCGCACCCUUCUGCAGCAGCGUGUGGGUGGCCAGCGGUGCCGUCUGGCUUCUUAUCAUGAGCUCGCUGCGGCUCAUCACGUGGAUCGGCUCGCGCCAAGCGGGCAGCAUCGUGCAGGCUGAGAGCUCCUGGGGCGCCGUCGUCGUCUUCGCCGCCUGCGCUAUUGGCUUACAAGGCACAACGGAGCGGUCGCAGUGGCUGUCGUGGCGCGUGGUGCUGCUGUUCACGUUCCUGCUGUCGCUGAUGCUCAACACGUACUACGGCGCCGCCGUCGUGGGGUCACUGCUCGUACCGCCGCCCAAGACCAUUCGUACGCUGCGACACCUGAUAGACAGCCCCAUACAGGUCGGCAUUGAGGACAUCGGCUACAAUCGUGACUACCUUGAGAAAUCGACAGAUCCAGUUGUGCGCGAGCUGUUCGUACGCAAGGUGUUCCCGCCGACAGCGAAACGGCCAGCCUACUACCAGAUCGAUGUGGGCGUGGAGCGGAUGCGCACGUCGCUGUUCGCAUUCCAGGCGGAGGCGGUAACGAUGUACCCGCUCAUCCUGCGCACGUUCAGUGAACGCGGGAAAUGCGCGCUCUCAGAGAUCAUCCUGGUGCCCCACGGCAUGACCUAUCUUGCCGUCCCCAAGGGCUCGCCGCUGCGGGAGCAUAUGUCGUACGGGUACGAGCCAGACAAUGAGUUAUUUAGGCGCCUGGAAAGAGAAGAGAUGGACGCAUGCUGCAGGCUACGCAAAGUGUGGGAGAGUGGGCUGCUGAACUACCAGGAGCGCAUCUGGCACCCGCCGCGGCCGCCCUGUCUCCAGGCGGGAGAGGCGGAGAGCAUCCGCAUCAUGUCGGUGGCACCGGCAUUCCUCAUAGCCAUUGCAGGCAUCCCGCUCGCCUGCCUCAUCGCCUGCAUCGAGCAACUCAGAGCUCUCCGGGAGCGGCGCGAAAAACACUUGCCAGUAAAAGGACAUCGACAGAAAAGAGCACAAAGGAGACGAAAGAGGUUGCCGCGUUUGCCCCCUCAUAUCCCUAAGCGCUUGUACUAG